AAAAGUCAUAAAAAGCAAAGCAAAGCAAACAAAACAAAACAAAACAAAAAUAGAGUUUUGGCUGGCAGCAGGAGAAAAUAAGAGAGAGAAUCAGAGAGAGAGAGAGAGGCUAAAACGAGUUUAGAACAAAGCAAGAGAGAAGGGUUUGCGGUUUUGCCUUACUGUCAUGCACUUUGGCACCACUCUCGUCGGACAUUGCGAAAAAUAGAACUCUGCAAAAGUGCGCUCUAUCUUCCCAUCACUCUCACAUUACUUUCGCGAUUAGGGUUUCUCUCUCUCCUUCUUCCUUUUCUCCCUGUGUGUGAAUCUCUGAAUACCGGGUUUAGAAUCUGAUUCAACUCGGCCGGGUGAACUGGAUCUCUCUUUUGCUUCAAGAUUUGAAUGGCGAAUUCGGUGAAUGAUAAGAGCAUUGAGAGUUUGAUAUCUGCAAGCAAGUCAUUGAGGCUAAGUUUACAGAAAUCACAGGGCCUGGGGUCGGCUCUAGAGAAAGCAGGAAACAGAUUUGAAGAGAUUAACCAGAGAUUACCCUCUCUUGAAGCUGCGGUUCGACCCAUUCGUGCAGACAAGGAAGCCCUCGCCGCUGUUGGCGGCCAUAUCAACCGUGCUGUAGGCCCUGCUGCAGCUGUGCUUAAAGUUUUUGAUGCUGUUCAUGGACUCGAGAAAUCGCUAUUAUCAGAUCCGCGUAGUGAUCUUCCAGGGUACCUAUCGGUUUUGAAACGCCUGGAAGAGGCUCUGAGGUUUCUGGGUGACAAUUGUGGAUUGGCGAUUCAGUGGUUGGAGGAUAUAGUAGAGUACUUGGAGGAUAAUGCGGUUGCGGAUGAUAGGUACCUUUCAAAUCUGAAGAAAUCAUUGAAAGGUCUCCGAGAAUUGCAAGAUGGUGAGGGAAAGGCCAACCUCGAUGGCGGGCUUUUGGAGGCUGCGUUGGAAAAAUUAGAAAAUGAGUUCCGAAGACUCCUCAUGGAACACAGUGUGCCACUUCCAAUGUCGUCAUCAUCUUCACUUGGAGAACAAGCUUGCAUUGCUCCAUCACCCUUACCUGUUCUGGUAAUCCAGAAGUUGCAAGCUAUUAUUGGAAGAUCGAUUGCUAACAAUAGACUUGAGAAGUGUAUAUCUAUUUACGUUGAAGUUCGAAGUUCAAAUGUGAGGGCAAGUUUACAAGCUCUCAAUUUGGAUUACCUUGAGAUAUCAAUUGCAGAGUUUAAUGAUGUCCAAAGCAUAGAGGGCUAUAUAGCACAGUGGGGAAAGCAUUUGGAGUUUGCAGUGAAACAUUUGUUUGAGGCGGAGUACAAGCUGUGCAAUGAUGUUUUUGAGAGGAUUGGAUUGGAUGUGUGGAUGGGUUGCUUUGCAAAGAUAGCUGCUCAGGCUGGUAUUCUUGCAUUUCUACAAUUUGGGAAAACUGUUACAGAGAGCAAAAAAGAUCCGAUAAAGCUUUUGAAGUUGUUGGAUAUUUUCGCGUCUUUGAACAAAUUGAGACUGGACUUCAACCGGCUUUUUGGUGGAGCAGCAUGUAUUGAAAUCCAAAACCUGACAAGGGAUCUCAUUAAGAGUGUAAUUGAUGGAGCCGCUGAAAUUUUCUGGGAGCUUCUUCUUCAGGUGCAGUUACAAAGGCAGAACCCGCCUCCUCCAGAUGGGAGUGUUCCGAAAUUGGUUAGCUUCAUUACUGAUUAUUGUAAUAAACUGCUUGGGGAUGAUUAUAAGCCACUAUUAACUCAGGUUCUGAUCAUUGACCGAAGUUGGAAGCAUGAGAAGUUUCAAGAAAAGCUCCUUAUUAACGAGGUUUUGGAAAUUAUUAAAGCCAUUGAGAUAAAUUUGGAGACAUGGAUAAAGGCUUAUGAGGAUGCCUCCUUGUCCAACCUUUUUGCAAUGAACAAUCAUUGGCAUUUGUACAGGCACCUGAAGGGAACUAAGUUGGGGGUUCUGCUGGGGGAUGCCUGGUUAAAAGAACAUGAACAGUACAAGGACUAUUAUGCCGCAGUGUUUUUGAGAGAUAGCUGGGGGAAGCUUCCUGGUCAUUUAAGUAGGGAGGGUCUGAUUCUGUUCUCAGGUGGUCGUGCCACCGCCCGUGAUCUUGUCAAAAAGAGGCUAAAAACCUUCAAUGAAGCCUUUGAUGACAUGUAUAAGAAGCAAUCAAAUUGGAUAGUGUCAGAUAAAGAUCUAAGAGAGAAGACAUGCCACCUCAUAGUGCAGGCGGUUGUGCCUGUUUACAGAAGCUACAUGCAGAACUAUGGGCCCUUGGUUGAGCAAGAUGCAAGUUCAAGCAAGUAUGCGAAGUAUUCAGUACAGACUUUGGAGAAAAUGCUCUUGUCUCUCUUUCAGCCAAAGCCUGUUAGAUACGGCAGUUUCAAAGGUAGGCAAACUAGUGGGAAAUUUAACAAUGGAGUAACAGAUCUUCGCCGUACUACCUCUGCGGUUGUGUGAUUGUCAAACUAUGCGCGUUGUGGAAUCACAGGACAGGACUAUCAUGGUUAGCCUUCCACCUUGUACAUACUGACGUUCUCAGGGUCCUGGAGCUAAAUACUGCUAUCCCAUUGCCUGAGAUUCUAAGAUAUGGAAUUAUUGUAACUUAUCUGAAUGUGAUGAAGAGUUGAACACUGUCUCCACUGCCCAGUGGGUUCUAAGUCAUGAUGAUGAACAAAUAUACAACCCCGUUGGAUCCCCGCGUAGAUAAUAUAUUCAGGUAUAGCUAUCCGUUUUUCUUUCAUCUCAGACUCAUUAAAUCAGUAAUUAGGUUAGGCAGCAGGACAAACCUAAAUAUACCUUUGCUAGGUUCAAUGUACAAUUCUUUGAUUUAAAGUGCAUCGAAGUGGUCUAGUUGUGAUUGAUUUUGUUACUUAUCAGAACAUGGGAAAGCUUAAAAUUUAGGGACCUUCAUGAGAUGCUUGUUUUGUGCUA